AUGGUUUUGAGUAUCGUAAAAGUUAUAGGUCAAUGUGCCGAACAACUUCAACGUUGCGCAAGUAUUACAGAAGAAUAUGAGCGACUUAUUCAGGAAAGCAAGCGUUCUGCAUUUAGAAAUUGCAUCAAUAAACAAGUGUGUACUUAUGAACUAAUGUUGUUUGAAGACUGUUUUGAGCAAUCAAUGCGUGCUAUUCGAAUGUUGUCUGAUCAAGAUGAAACCUCGAUAUCUAAUGACUUUGGUGAUUCUGCUCGGCGAUAUAUUAAUACAGUAAAUAACUGCUUUGGCUCUAGCCAAGCAACUACACGCCUGCUGAAUUUACUUCCAAGCAUAAUUAACGAUGAUGCCAUAUAUGAUCGAACUAUUUAUAGUAUCGAAUAUGCAGAUCAUCUCUGGGGAUUACCUCAGCUUAUACCUACGGAUCCACUUCUUGAUAAAUCAGCAACAUUAUCGUGCUUAGUUAAAGAAAGAACCGGGAGAAUAUUUGGUAAUGGUAUUAAUAGAUUUGUCGAUUCUGCUGACUUGAAACUAAAUAAUUUGAAUAAUUCAUGUAUUCUGGAGGAAAAAGAAAUGCAUUGUUACCGUAGUCAUCUCAGUAAUAAUCAUUUUUAUCAGGAAUUAUUAAUCGAUAGAGAUCGAAUCAUCAGAUCAUGUAUUCGCAGUGUUCGUUUACAAACUCAGUGCCACGUAAUUGAUGCAUCUCGGUUACGUGCAUGCCUAUGCAGUGCUCGAGAAGAAUUUGAAAAUCGCAUUCAAGCUUCCAUCCUGCAUUGUGUUAAACGCAGUCAUAAACUUCAUUUACGUGAACAACAAGCAAACAUGUAUCGGGAUAUUUCUAGUCCAAAUGCUGAACAAUAUUGUAACGUAUAUUCCAGUUCUUACAAGAAAAUAUAA